GAAAAGAAGAAGAAGAAGAAAAAAAGCAACAUGGCGUUUGACGGAACAUUCCUAGACGUCUGCCUUCUAGUUGGUGCUUUUUAAUGAUUGCACACACACACACACACACACACACAUAUGUAUAUAUAUAUAUACAUACUGGAUAUUCAGUCUUUAGUAGAUUAAUAAGUGUUUGUAUUCCUGCUACAUUAGUCUGAGCGCGCUGCGACGCGCUAGCUUAGCUUGUUGGUUAGCUUAGCUUGUUAGCUGCUAACAAAGACGCGGAAGUGAUCAACACAUCAUUAAAAGCGCAGAUGGAGACCAAGUAGACAUCAAAUGGGUCUGGGAAGAACAUCUUCUCCCUGAACAACACCAGUGGAGCUUCAGGAUGGUGCAGGAGGAGCCACAGCCCUCCUACAUUAAGGAGGAAGAUGAGGCCCCUCACAUUAAAGAGGAAGAGGAGGAACACAGCAUCAGUCAGGAGUUCCCAGUGACUGGUGUCUCUGUGAAGAGUGAAGAUGAGGAGGUCAAAGGUGAACGUGAGGAGGAGCCUCCAAGUCAACACAUGACAAGAGAAGAUGAUGGAGACCACUGUGGAGGACCACCAGCAGACAUCUUCUUAGCUCCACUACCAAGCUCACACUCUGAUGAUGGAGACCACUGUGGAGGACCACCAGCAGACAUCUUAGCUCCACCAUCCAGCUCACACUCUGAUGAUGGAGACCACUGUGGAGGACCACCAGCAGACAUCUUAGUUCCACCAUCCAGCUCACGCUCUGAUGAUGGAGACCACUGUGGAGGACCACCAGCAGACAUCUUAGUUCCACCAUCCAGCUCACACUCUGAUGAUGGAGACCACUGUGGAGGACCACCAGCAGACAUCUUCUUAGCUCCACCAUCCAGCUCACACUCUGAUGAUGGAGACCACUGUGGAGGACCACCAGCAGACAAGUUGUUAGCUCCACCAUCCAGCUCACACUCUGAUGAUGGAGACCGCUGUGGAGGACCACCAGCAGACAAGUUGUUAGCUCCACUAUCAGACAGUGAGGACACAAGGUCCCACUCUGAUGAUGACGACUGUAAAGAUGACCAGACACACUUUAAAUGUCGUCAGUGUGACAAAAGGUUCAAAUACCGCCGUAGUCUGAAAAGACACAUGAAAAUACACACUGGAGAGAAAAGAUUUUCCUGUUCAAUCUGUGGCAAAGAUUUUAGUCAAAGGAAACAUUUGAAAACACACAAGAGCAUACACGCUGGAGAGAAACCUUUUUUGUGUUCAGAAUGUGGUAAAGGUUUUGCAGGAAAAAGUAGGUUGAAAGAACACAUGAGAACACACACUGGAGAAAAGAAAUGUUCUUGUUCAGUGUGUGGUAAAGAUUUCCUCCAAGGCCGGUAUUUAAAAGUACACAUGAAGACGCACGCUGAAGAAAAACCUUUCAGGUGUUCAAUCUGCGGGAGAGGUUGUACACAUAGCCACAACCUGAAAGUGCACAUGCGAACACACACCGGGGAAACCCCUUUCACCUGUUCGGUCUGUGGGAAAAGUUGUGCGCAUAGUCACAAUUUGAAACUGCACAUGAGAACGCACACUGGGGAAAAACCCUAUUCCUGCUCAAGCUGCAACAAACGCUUUUGUGUACAAAGGAACCUUGUAGUCCACAUGAGGACACACACAGGCGAGCAAGUGUUCAGUUGCAGUGCGUGUGAGGAAAGGUUCUCCUACAAGUACCAGCUCAGCAAACACCAGUGUCCUGGUCAGAACAGCAGCAGGGUGGAGUGGCUCAAAUGGUAGAGCAGCCAUGCAAACAACCCCAGGGUCCGUUCGUAUCCGGUUUCCCAAAUCCCAGUCGCGUCCUUUGUGUCCUUGUUCCCAGCACAUUGACCUUAAAAAUGUGUGACUUUAGCAGUCAUUUGUUGGGUCUUGAUAAUCCAUCCUCUCUUGGUUGUUUUAUAUGUAUGUCCUCUGACCUUCAUGCAUUAUAUAGAUAAAGGAAGACGGCGGAAUUCUUUGGGAGGUUAUGAAUACUUGACAGUUAUUGUGUUUUUUCUUUCUUGAAGUCCCCAAAACAAUGUUAGUUUCAGAAAAGAUGGGCAGGUCUGGAAUGUUGGGGCACAGCCAAUAAUGUACAUCAUCCCACAGACAAAUAAAUGUCCUUUUGAUUUCAUCCAUCCUUUUUUUACCGCUUAUUCCCUUUGGAGUCGCGGGGGGCGCUGGUGCCUAUCUCAGCUGCACCCUGGAAAAGUCACCACCUCAUCACAGGGCCAACACAGAUAGACAACCUUCACACACUAGUGUUGCCAAUCAACCUAUCCCCAGGUGCAUGUCCUUGGAGGUGGGAGGGGCCUAUCCCCAGGUGCAUGUCUUUGGAAGUGGGAGGGGCCAAAGAAAAGCCCAAAAAGUUCAAUAGUCAACCUUCUAAAAAAAGGAGGGGAAUAUUUUUAAGGCUUGGCUUUAAAAUGUUUUGAAAGUCUUUUUAGUCAAGCUUGGCUGCAAAGUGGCAGUGUGGAAUAUAAUCUGGCAGCCAGAAUGCCACAUUUAGCCCAAAGAGUAACGCAACAUAAUGAAAAAGAAAGGGGUGUAAAUAGAAUCUGUUAAUAAAAACAAAGAUGAGUAGGUAUAGAUCAUAAUAAAAAAGAAGGUAGUUUGUUUGAAGUGUUUGCCAAAUACAGUGUAGUCUGAAUAUUGUAUUUCUGUUAAUGAGUCCAAAAAGAACAAUGAAUCAGCGUUGUAUUGUGGGAAAGGUGAUGAUAGGUGUAAGGGAGCACAAGCUCCUAGGGGCCUCAAUGACGGAAUGUAUUUAGCUUGAUCUCCAAUCAAUAGAAUGACAUCUGCUAUUUUAACAUGAAGAAAGUGGUGCAUGUCCUCUUCCUUCUCAUUUCUUUAUGUCGUCCACAACUGAAAUGUUCUUUUUUUUGUGUGCAGGCCACAAUUGACUUACAAAUUCAUUGUGAGGGUUUCUCAAGAUUUCAUGAAGAAAAAACCCUUGGAACUCUGAUUGAAUCGGAAUAAAAAUUCAACAUUUUCAGUUAGUUUUGUUUAAAUUAACAUUCAUAUUUUUGUAUUUCUCUUUACUGUGGUUUUCUUGCUCAGCUUGUUCUUCCUCAUUCAUUUGACAUGAUAGUUCCAAGAUUUGAUACAAGUUUUAGCCUAAACUUGUUGUGACAACAUGGACUUGUAUGAUUCAUCGCUGAUUCAUAAAACUACGACUAGCAGUGAUGAUUUGAUUACAGUCACGAUUGAUAUUAAGGAUGAAUAAUAUGUCACUAAUGAACUAUUAUCAAAACAUUCUAUUAAACUUCAUUUAUUUCACAGCGUUGCCAACAUGACAAGAAAACAACUACUCCGUGGACCUUUUAGUAAGUGGUCAAGACCACAGGCAGAUUUCAUGGACCGCACACACCAGACCAGCACCAUGAAUUGAUGAAGUUGAAAAACUUGUUGGAGUGUUACCAUUUAGUGGUCAAUUGUAGGCAAUAUGUACUCAACUGUGUAAACUCUACUCCUUCAUUUCAUGUAUUCUCUUCCUUUGCAAUAAAAGUUUCAAUCAAUCAA